AUGUCGCUUGAGAUUGAGGCGACCGAUGUUAUCAAGAUCAUUCUGCAGUUUUGCAAGGAGAACGGCUUGACAGAAUCAUUCAAUGCAAUUCAGAACGAAUGCCAGGUGUCCCUGAAUACCGUCGACAGCGUUGAGAACUUCGUAUCUGAUAUCAACAACGGGAGAUGGGACGCAGUGCUUCCGCAAGUGGCGCAGUUAAAGCUGCCCCGUGCGAAGUUGGAGGACCUCUACGAACAGAUCGUGUUGGAGUUAUUCGAGCUGCGAGAGAUCGAUACCGCCCGGGCGAUGUUGCGACAAACGCAGGUGUUUCAACGCAUGAAGCUGGACGACCCGGAGCGCUACAUGCGCCUGGAGCAUCUGGCCUCUCGUACAUACUUCGAUGCACGGGAGGUGUACGUUGGCGGCAGCAGCAAGGAGAAGCGGAGAGCUGCUCUGGCGCACGCACUCAGCCAGGAGGUGGUUAUGGUUCCCCCCAGUCGCAUGAUGGCCCUCAUCGGUCAGGCGCUCAAAUGGCAGCAGAGCCAGGGGCUGCUGCCCCCGGGCACCGCCUUCGACCUGUUCCGGGGCACGGUGCAGUCCGCUCGGGACGAAGUGGAGGCCUACCCCUCCGUACCCGACCACGAGGUCCGUUUCUCCGCCAAGAGCCACCCCGAGGUUGCCCGCUUCUCCCCGGAUGGCUCCAUGCUGGUUACUGGCAGUGUGGACGGGUUCAUUGAGGUUUGGGACACCGUGACUGGCCGCCUGAAGAAGGACCUGGCCUAUCAGGCUGAGGAGAUGUUCAUGAUGCACGACGAGGCGGUGCUGUGUCUGGGGUUCAGCAGGGACAGCGAGAUGCUCGUGUCGGGCUCCCAAGACGGCCGUAUCAAGGUAUGGAAGAUCCGCACUGGCCAAUGCCUCCGCCGCUUCGACCGGGCACACAGCCAGGGCGUCACGUGCGUCAGCCUGUCUAAGGACGGCACGCAGGUCCUGAGCGGCUCGUUCGACGGCACGGUCCGAGUCCACGGCCUCAAGAGCGGCAAGAUGCUCAAAGAGAUGCGGGGCCACACGUCCUUUGUGAAUGAUGCUGUGUGGGGAGCAGACGGCAGCCAGGUCAUCUCCGCCUCCUCGGACGCCACGGUGCGGGUGUGGGAUGCCAAGACCUGCGAGUGCCUGCAGGCGUUCAGGCCACCCCAGACGUCCACCUCGGGCGACGUGGCCAUCAACAGCGUGCACCUCUUUCCACUCAACCAGGACCAGCUGGUGGUGUGCAACCGGACAUCCACCGUCUUCGUCAUGACUAUGCAGGGACAGGUGGCCAAGAGCUUCAGCAGUGGUAAGCGCGAGGGCGGCGAGUUCCUUGCGUGCGUGCCUUCGCCCCGUGGCGAGUUCAUCUACUGCCUGGGCGAGGAUGGCAUCCUCUAUUGUUUCAGUGUCACCAGCGGCAAGCUCGAGCACGUCAUGACGGUCCACGAAAAGUCGCCAAUUGGGCUCGCGCACCAUCCGCACCGAAAUGUUCUUGCGACGUACGCCGGAGAAGGGCCGCUGAAGACAUGGAAGGCGUAACGACCGUGUGUGUGUGUUGUGGCGCAAACAUCCUCUCUUGACAUUACAUAUGUACAUGUAUUGUACUUCCCGUACACGGCAACCUACUGCCACCCUGUUGGUUGUUGAGUGUACGAUACUUUCAAAUUCACCUGACAAGUCGUCGUGGUGACGUUGAUGGUGCUCAGGCAGGACGCAACUGCUAGUGACUCCGCGGUCACAGUUACAAAGCUGAGGCGUUGAAGAUGCGAUGGUCAUGCACCAAUGGAGAACAUCUGUAACAAACACUAUGACUGAUUGUCAUGUACCAAAAGGUGUCCCACACAUGCCGGAACAACACUCAGAAGAUAAGCUAUUUGACUGUCGGAUGCAGCGCGCGACCUAGACCCUCAGUGCGCCUCAACAAGGAAGGGGGAACGAGUGAGAAAGGUCGAGGAAGCGAGGAAGGCCGAAAAGCUUUCCAGUCCAAACGCAUGAACGGGUUCUAAAAGUCGAGGACAUCCAGCGUUUGCAUCUUUCAUCCCAGUGCCCGAACUUUCCCUAUUUCCUGCCGUUCAUCGCUCAGCCACGGGAGCAUAUCGCGACCCAACAAUCAUUAUUAUCCAGAUCUCUCAGAGCAGCGCGCAGAUGAGGGCAAGCGCGGCGCUGCCCCCCAGCAGGACCUUGGACGAUAUCUCCACCUUGGGCACUUCCAGCAGGCUGGUACGGUCAGCGUUAUUGCCGACUUUAUGCAGGUCCCAGACGAAGUGCCGCAUGCCGCCCAGGUAAUGGUAAAUGAUGACGUACGACACCAGGAACUUCAGAGGAAAGGCAAGGAGGAAGUUCCCGGCAAGGAAGGACACGGUCCCGUCCAGGCUACCACGCAGCGCCAGGACGCCGGCGCCGGCAAACC